AAGCCCGGCUUAGAGAUAAAGAAGAACAGAGAAAACUGCCGUUUGACCCCUCCCGUGCGUCAGUCGUAUUUUCUCGUCCGAUUUAAUCUGAUCUCCAGCAGAAUGAGGGAGCAAGGGGCUGUGCCUGCAGUUUGGGGGAUCCUACUGAUCCUUGUGAUCGCUGGAUGCCAGUGUCACCUGACGGGGGAGGAGAGGCGCUAUCAGUACGAGAUCAAGGACUUCCAGGUGCCCCUGGAUCACUUCAGCUUCCUGAUCAACGCCACCUUCAACAUCCGGUAUCUGUACAACGACUCGUUCGUGGACAAGAGCAAUGCCCGCACACCCAUCUUUUUUUACACCGGAAACGAGGGGGACAUCGAACUCUUCGCCCAGAAUACCGGAUUUCUUUGGGAGCAGGCACAGCUGCAGCGGGCUCUGGUGAUCUUCGCGGAGCAUCGUUAUUAUGGCAAGUCCCUGCCCUUUGGCAGCUCCACCUUCAACAGCAGCAUGCCAGAGCACUUGGCCUACUUUACGGUGGAGCAAACGCUGGAGGAUUACGCCAUGCUGAUCACCUUCUUGAAGAACGAUCGCCAGAUGCCGGUGGUGGCCUUCGGAGGAUCCUACGGCGGCAUGCUGUCCGCCUGGUUCAGGAUGAAGUACCCCCAUUUGGUGCACGGAGCUCUGGCCGCCUCGGCGCCUAUUCUGCAGUUCCCCGGCAUCACCGACUGCGACAUCUUUUACAGGAUAGCCACUUCCGUCUUCCAGAAUGCCUACAAUGGCAACUGCACCGUGAACAUAGCCAGGUCGUGGAAACUCUUUGAAUCGCUGGGCGGGAAUGACGCCGGCAAGAAGCAGAUUUCGGAGGCGUUUAAUCUCUGCACGCCCCUGAAGACCGACGGCGAUCUGAAGCAGUUUCUCGACUACGUGGAGGAGGUCUACAGCAACCUGGCCAUGGUCAACUAUCCGUACAACAGCAGCUUCCUGGCCCCCCUGCCCGCCUAUCCGGUGCGCCAGGUGUGCUUCUACCUGAAGGAUCUGCAUACCACAGACGUCGAUCUGCUGCAUGCCAUGGCCAGUGCCCUGGCCGUGUACACCAACUACACGGGCUCGGCCAAGUGUCUGGAUACCUCGGUGAGCUCCAGUGCCGAUGCCUCCGGCUGGGACAUACAGACCUGCAACCAAAUGGUGAUGCCCUUCUGCUCCAACGGCACCGAGACCAUGUUCCGCCCCUCCACUUGGAACUUCAAGGAGUUUGCCGAGAAGUGCUACAAGAACUACCGGCUCACGCCCAAGCCAUAUGAUAUCAUCUUGAGGUAUGGUGGCAGGAACAUCGAGUCUGUCACGAAUAUCAUUUUUAGCAAUGGUCUGUUGGAUCCCUGGAGCGGCGGCGGUGUCCUGCAGGCGCCAAAUGACAAGGUGUUUGUGAUCAUCCUGCCGGAGGGCGCCCAUCACUUGGAUCUGCGUCACUCUGAUCCCGCUGAUCCGCCUUCGGUGCGCGAUGCCAGGCAGAAGGAGGCGGCCAUUAUAGCCCAGUGGAUCAAGGAGUUUUGAGAAGAGAGAGGGAAAGAGAAUAAAAUUACUUUGUAACUCUUAAAAUUUGUAUAACUUUCUACCCAGAACAACUGUUUACCUUGUUAAAAAAAACAUGUUUUUAUCUAAAUAAAAUAAAAUCUACAAAUCUUA